GUUGGCGAUGGUAGUUUAUUACGCGUUCGUAGAGUCAGUUUCUCGUUAAUAUAUAUAUAUAUAUAUUUUUUACUUCUACUUAAUUAGCAAUUCGUUAAAAAACUUCCAAAAGAAAAUACGGUAUAUCGCGGGAAUAAAAAAGAAAAGAAGAGAAGUUAUAUAUCAUCGAGUAAAACGUUAGACAGAAUCAAAAUGACUUUUCGAAGUAAGAAGUGAGAAGAAAGAAAAGAAGAGAGAGAGAGAGAGAAUUAGAGAGAGAGAGAGAGAGAGUGUGAUAUAUAGGCUAGGAGAAAGAGAGAGAGAGAGAGAGAAAGAAGAAUAGAAGCAUCUUUGUCGCACUUUACUCUAUCUCUCUCUCUUUCUCUCUCUUUUCCUCUCUUUGAGCCACGCUGUCUAGAGGAACGGCUCGCAACGAGGAAUCGAUUUGGAACAAAGCCAGCAGAACGGAGCUGCCAUCACAGCGACUCCUCCACAUGUGGACAUCGCCGUCCCGACUUAGGAUCGGCCGGGCACCCAGGAAAAAGUCGAGUCCCUAAUCUGAACUGGGCCAAUUAUCGCGACCGGUGAAGAAUGGAGCAUCCGGAAGGUUCUAGAAGGAAACUCUCCUUCUUGGGCUUUGGAAAAAGACCAUCGGUCGACGGGCAUGGCGCGGAAACGGUUCCAGAGCUCGACGAGGAGAUGGAGAAGGUUUUUGCGAUGGACGUCGGAGAAAAAUUCGACGUAGCCCGGCUUGGUUCACCCACGGAAUCGGCAGGCUCCGAUCGUGAUCGUGAUCGAGGACCGCCACGAUAUGGAGACCGUGAUUUUAAUCAACAUCGUAAGAGAAGUUAUCCACAUCCCCAUAUGCCAUUAAAGAGUUUGCACUCGAGAUCUAUGAGACGACAUCUUUCACCUGAAGGAUCAACGACGGAGGUUAGUCCAGAGGAGGAGGAGAGAAGUGGUGGACAUGGUAACGAGAUCGACGUAUUGGACAAUGGUCCAUCGUCGACUAACGAUCCCGAAGUCGACGAAGAGGCAACGGAAGAAACCGAGAAUGUAAUUAGCAGUGGUAGCGAGGCACAAAUCUCUGAAAGAGCUGCUUCCGGUUUCAGCGAUGGUUCAACCUCACUUGGUAGUCCAAGAGUACAAUUCGAAAAGAUUCGAGAAGAAGAUGCUAACAAUUUGAAUCAGGAUGAUGAUAAUCAUCAGGCAACAAGCUUAGCUUCUCCACCAACAUCUUCCACAGCUCAUGAAGACGAUCGUAAAUGUCGAAGACAUCAAAAACACGAGCACAAAAGACAUCAUUACAAAUCUAGGAAGUACUCUUUACAAGAAGAUCCACAAUGGAGAAAACGUUCUGGAGCUGGUCUUCCAGAUGGUCCUGCUAUCCUUGCCAGGAGAGUCAGUGUACAGCCCGAGGAAGCGAGUACGCUUCAGGAAUUGGAUAUAGACGAUUUGGAAUCUCACAGGAGCGACGAUCCACGUGGAAUGAGACGCCACAAGGCUGCUCAUUCCACGGUACAGAUUGGACGAAGAAAGGAAGGUGGUAUACCUCAUGAAGCAUUCAAGAAAAUGUAUGAUCAUUCGCCUCAUGAGGUAUUUGUUCAAUUGGACGAACUUCAUGGCGUCGGUGAGGAACGUGAAUGGAGAGAGACCGCACGUUGGAUCAAAUACGAGGAAGACGUUGAGGAAGGUGCUGACAGAUGGGGCAGGCCCCAUGUUGCGUCCUUGAGCUUUCAUUCUUUGCUCAAUCUUCGUCGAUGUCUCGAAACCGGUGUGGUACUUCUCGACCUUGAAGAGAAGGACCUACCUGGACUUGCCUAUAGGGUGGUCGAACAAAUGGUGGUAGAAGAAUUGAUUCUUCCAGAGGAUAGACCUGUUAUCAUGAGAGCACUUCUUUUAAAACACAGACACGUGCACGAGCACGAUCGUGGAUUUCGUUUCGGUGGGAAACGCAACUAUUCCAGUUACACCAGUUUACAGUCCAUCUGGCUGGAGGAAGAAGAGGCUGCACGAGGAGCCACUGAAAACCAUGUAAUCCAAAAUAAUUUAAACGACACAAAACCUAAAAUCGUCUCGUCGAACUUGGCUUUGGACAGCAAUCAUACCGUGGUCGACAUAAAAGAAGAAUUGACUUUUACAAGCAGUAACGAGGAUCUUAAAAAGGGACAAAACGAAUACAUCUUGAAAAGAAUUCCAGCUGGUGCAGAGGCAACGAUAGUUCUCGUAGGAGCCGUAGAUUUUCUGGAUCAGCCAACGAUAGCUUUCGUUAGAUUGGCCGAAGGUGUAUUUAUGCCAGCUAUCACGGAAGUAAAGAUACCAGUAAGAUUUAUGUUUACGUUGUUGGGUCCGAGAAAUGCGGAUUUGGAUUAUCAUGAAAUUGGUAGAUCGAUUGCUACCUUGAUGGCAAAUACUUCUUUCCAUAAAAUUGCUUACAAAGCAAACGAAAGAAGAGAAUUACUUUCCGCUAUUAACGAAUUCCUCGAUGAUUCGAUCGUUUUACCACCUGGGGAUUGGGAAAGGCAAGCAUUGUUACCGUUCGACGAAUUGAAAGCAAAAAGCGAAGCUAUUAGAAAAAGAAAAGCUAAGGCUCUCGAAGAGAAAACUAAACCAGUUCAAAGUGAGGCAGCAAUAAAAAAAGCUCUUCUCGCUGGCGAAGAAGAGAAGAAACCACCGGACGAUGAUCCUUUGCGCAGAACACGGCGUCCCUUUGGAGGUAUCAUCAACGACAUCAAAAGACGUUAUCCUCAUUAUCUGUCCGACUUUACCGACGGCUUAAGUUCGUCCUGUAUAGCAGCAGCAAUUUUCAUGUACUUCGCAGCACUCUGUGCCGCUAUAACAUUCGGAGGAUUGAUGAGCGACAAGACACAAAAUAUCAUUGGAAUCUCGGAGACUUUGGUUUCUGGUUCAUGGACCGGAAUAGUGAUGGCAUUGUUUGCCACUCAACCAUUGGUCAUCAUUGGCACGACAGGACCCCUUCUACUGUUUGACGAGAGUCUCUAUAAAUUUUGCAAGGCUAAUGACUUGGAGUUCCUUACUGUAAGAGUGUAUAUCGGUGCUUGGAUGGGAAUAAUAGCUUUAACUAUAGCUUGUGUCGAGGGAUCGGUAUUGGUCAGGUUGUUUACACGUUUCACAGAAGAAAUCUUCACAGGAUUGAUAUCUCUUCUUUACAUAGUCGAAACAUUUAUCAAAUUAUACAAUUAUUUCGUACGUAAUCCAUUACUCGAGGAAUACAACUUUUUGCCAGAUAGCAAUCAAACCCAACCGGUGAACGUGACCGAAAUAAAAAUCAUUUACGAGACAUGGAAUGGUUCGGAGAUCACCGUCCCUUACGAUGACAUGCGAACGCUCAUACCAAAACAAGACGAAGGAGGAACCUUGAUCAAUCAACCAAACACAGCAUUAAUGUGUACGAUACUAUGCUUAGGCACGUUCCUAGGUGCUUAUUACUUACGAAUAUUCCGUAACAGUCAUUACCUCGGCCGUAGCGCAAGAAGAGCUUUCGGUGACUUUGGUGUACCCAUUAGUAUUAUCGUUUUCGUCCUUAUCGAUUAUUUGGCUAAAGUGAAAACGGAAAAGUUAUUGGUACCGGAAGGAUUAAGUCCAAGCGUAGCUGGAAGAGAUUGGUUCGUUUCUCCGGCCGGUGUGACUCAACCUAUUCCAGUCUGGGUUACUUUUGCUUGCGCCAUACCAGCACUCUUGGUUUACAUCCUCGUUUUCAUGGAAACGCAAAUCUCCGAGCUAAUCAUCGACAAGAAAGAACGUAAAUUACGUAAGGGCAAUGGUUACCACAUGGACAUAGUUGUGGUAUGUCUGAUGAACGUCGGUUGUGGAUUAAUGGGUGCUCCUUGGUGCAGUGCAGCAUCAGUACGUUCAUUGACACAUGUAUCUGCAGUUACCAUAAUGUCACGUACACACGCUCCCGGCGACAAGCCACAUAUUGUCGAAGUUAAGGAACAACGUGUUAGCGCGUUACUUGUUGCUAUUUUAAUGGGAGUUAGCGUAUUAAUGGCACCAUUGUUACGGCGCGUACCUAUGUCCGUCCUUCUCGGGGUUUUCCUAUACAUGGGUAUCUCCUCGACAAAUGGCGUACAAUUGUUCGACCGCGUAAAACUUUUCUUCAUGCCCGUUAAACAUCAUGGAACGGCCAAUUACGUUCGUCGUGUCCAAACGUAUAAAAUGCACAUAUUCACAAUGAUACAAAUAUUGUGCCUAACGAUACUGUGGAUCGUGAAGAGUACAAAAGCAGCCCUUGCACUACCGUUCUUCCUAAUACUGAUGAUACCUCUGCGAGCUCAAAUGAGCCACUUCUUUACAGCUGCUGAAUUACGUGCUCUUGAUAGCAAAGGACCGGAACAUGAAAGCACCGAAGACGAGCCUGACUUUUACGAGGAAGCUCCGCUACCUGGUUAGACUGUGCCUUAUUCGACUAUUAUCAUCCGGUGUAUAUUCUCUUCUUAUAUUUGUUCUCUUUUUAAAAAGCUACUCUCUAACACGUGUCUCUCGUAUUCUCCGAGGAGAGAGAAAGAAAAAGGAAAGAAAGGAAAAAAAAUGAUAUAAAAAAAAAAACCUCGAAAAAGAAAAAACUAAAAAAAAAAGACAAAACAAAAAUAAUAUUCGUAUAUCCUCCUCUCUCGUGUAUUAUUUAUCAUCUGUCUCUUAAAAAAAAAAUAAUAAUAAUAAUAUAAAUAUAUAUAUAUAUAUAUACAUAUAUAAUUCCUAUCAAUAUCGUCUCCGAUCAAUCGAAGAGGAUAAAUUUAUUUUAUUCAAGAAAAGAGAUCGCAAAUAUCAAAGCAAACGAGCUAUAUAUACAUAUACACAUAUAUAUAUAGGGGUCCACGAUGACGAUGGUGAUGAUGAUAAUGAUGAAAAUUAUGAUGAUGAUGAUGAUGAUGAUGAUAUGAUGAUGAUGAUGAUGAUGAUGUUAUUGUUGUAUUUAGAGGAAAGCAAGGUAACUAGAAAUAAGUUGCUAAAGGAGAUCAAAAUUAAGAAAAAGAGCAUGUGUGACUAUUAUUUUAUAUUAAACACAUUGUAAAUAGUUGAUGAAUUUAUCGAAAAUAUGCGUCAAACGAUUAAGCAAUGUGAUGAUUAUACGUAUGCAUGCCUAAAUGAAUGCCUUCCCUCCCCCUCGCCCCCCACUCGAGAUAAUGAUAAGAUUAACUUGUCCAAAAUGUUAGAGUAUUAGAUGAAAUGACACCAUCGGUCGCUUCUAAGAAAUAUUUAGAUGCAUCAUUUGUGUAGAAGAGAGAAAAAGAGAGAGUGAGAGUGAGAGUGAGAGUGAGAGAGAGAGAGAGAGAGAGAGAGAGAGAGAGAGAGAGAGAGAGAUAGAGAGAGGGAGAAAGAGAUAGAGAUAGAGAAAGAAGAGAGAUAGAUUUACUCAGGUAAAGUGCACAUCUUUUAGGCACAUAAAAUGAAAAGUGCCAAAUUUGAGAUAACUCAAAGAUCCAUCGAAGAUCACAAUGACGAAUGAUAAAGUUUUGAACGUUUAUCAAACGUUUGUUUUGAGGAAAAAAAAAGAAAGAAAGAAAGAUGAAAAAAAAAAAGAAAAGACAACGGGCUUCAUAUUAUGAAUUUACGAACAAAUAUUUUGAAACGAUUUUUUGCUUCCUUUAUUAGAUAAACCUAAAAAUCAUUGAUUUCUAUUGAAUUAAUAACACUACCUCCUUGGAGUUACAUAGUCGAGCUUGAAAAUGUCUGAAAAAAAUAAUUAACACAGUAUCUUCUCAGGAGUAAAUAAUUAUACAUUCUCAUACAUAUGUAUGUGGUGUAAUGAUAAAAUAAUUAAUGAUACAUUUUACGUUUUGAUCUAACAGCCCACAAAGUUCUAUAAUUGAUACACACGCAUACACACAACUCACACACACACACACACACUCUUUAAUAUCUGUCUCUAAAUCUUGAAAUAUAACACUUACACAUUUUAUGAUAUUUAAUAGUACUUAAUCUCUCACGAGUGUGUGUGUGUGUGUAUAAUGUGCAUAUAUAUAUAUAUAUGUAUGUAUGUAUGUAUGUAUAUACAUCACACACAAUAUACAUAUAUUAAGUAAAACUUUUUCGAGAUAUCUAGAUAAAAUAUUAAUUGAUUUUUUCGAAGCAAUCUAUAAGUGGUGCUCUAAAAAGAAAAAAAAAUGUAUUUAAAAAGAAAGGUACCUGAAUAAUAAUACAUUGCAUCCUGAGAAGAGUAAUAAGCGCGUUAUACGUUAUUAUUGCGUUGUAAGAUAUUGCUAUUUUCGAUACUAAAAGCUCAAAACAAUGUAAAUGUUAUAUUUUUGGAACAGAUAAAGAGAUUUUCGUUUCACAAAACAACAUAUUUUCACAUAUAUUGAAACUUGUACAUUUAUAUUAGGGGAUAAUAUAUUAUACUUCUUUGAAAAUGAUUAAACGUAUAAAAAUUGGUUUUCUUAUUUUACCGAAAAUUAUGAAUAACGAUAACGAAUGGCUUAAGUGAAAUAAUAAUUCCAUUAAUAAUUUUUUCGUAUACUAUUAUUAUUAUUAUAACUAUUAUUAUUAUUACUAUUAUUAUUAUUAGUAGUAGUAGUAUCAUUAUUAUUAUUAUUUUCUCUUGUGAAUUUAUUCAUUAAGAAUUAAUUAUCGAAAUAAGAAUAUAUAAUCUCUUUUUUCUUUUAUUUUAUUUUUUUUUUUUUGUAUUCAAGAGUUCCAUGCGUUUUAAUGUUUUACAGUUAAGUGUCUAAUGGAAAUGUAAGAAGAAAAUUUUAUCAUUACUUUCUUCAGAAUAUUAGAAUUAUAGAUUAGAAUAUUAUAUUUUUAAUCGUAUUAAAGUGUGACUCUAUAUUACAAUAUAUUGCAGUUUUGCAAUUUAUGGCAAAUAUAUAAAAAGAUCUAAGUAGAUGAAAAGAAAUAACUUUUUUUUGGGAAGAAGUAUUAAAGAAAAAGAGAGAGAGAGAAAGGAAAUAUUUUAAUUCGUCAAAAUAUUUUAUUAAUUAUUAUAUUAAUAUUGUUAUUAACGAAAUGUUUACUUUGGCUGCUUCUAAACAUAUACACAGAUACAUACAUAAACACACGACAUGCAUAUGCGUUCCCACGCAUUUCUCAAAUCAUUUUACUAUAGUUAUUAUUCUCUACUAAGUAGAAUAAAAAAAAACAUACGAACAACAAAGAAAAUAAGAUAGUAGACUCUUAUAUACUUGUGAUAGAAACUGAGAGGAAUAACUUAAAAAAAGAUAUAUGUAUAUAUACAUAUAUAUAUAAUAUGUAUGUAUGUAUGUAUAUAUAUUUAUAUAAUAAUAAUAAAAAAAGCAAAAAACUCACAAUACUUUACGAGCAUGUUCUUAUUAGUAAUAUAAAAUUUGUAAAACACAUACGUACAUACAUACAUAGAUACAUACAUACAUACAUACACAAAAUCGUCAGUAGAAAAUUACACUAUGUACUAUUGUAGUAUUUGGCACACGUUAUUGUAUUCACACCACUGAUAUUACCUAUAUUGAGAGAGAUUAUUGAAAAACGAUCAUUAAUUGUUAUCAAGUGAGAUAGAGAGAAAAGAAUUGUAAAUAAUUUAAUUAUCGUACAGUAUUAAGAAGUAAUAAUUAGUAAUAUAGGCUCUUAGUAGCUGGUUUACGCCUUAAAAAAUAGAAAAUGAGAACAAAAUAAAACAUAUUUUAAUUGC